ACAGCAAAUCUGAUCCUGUGGCAAGUAAGUUAGAACAUAGUGUAGGACACAAAUGGCAUCAGGCAGCGAAGAGAAAGCGGCGGCGGUGCGUGUGAUCGGCGGGUGGGCGUGCCCCUACGCCAUCCGCGUGUUCGCGGCGCUCAAGCUCAAGGGUGUCGAGUACGAGUUCCUGCAGGAGCCGGCAGGCAGGAAGAGCGAGCUGCUGCUCAAGUCCAACCCGGUCUACAAGAAGAUUCCGGUCCUGCUCCACCAUGGCAACCCCAUCUGUGAGUCCAUGAUCAUCAUCCAGUAUAUCGAUGAGGUGUGGGCCUCUUACCAGCCGGCCAUCCUUCCGACUGACCCGUACGCGCGUGCCAACGAACGGUUCUGGGCUCAGUACGUUGAUGACAAGAUUGCCCCAGCAUUCCUUGUCCUGAGAGGGCUCACCAACGGAGACAAGGACGAAGCAGCAGCGCAAGUGUCCACUGCCCUAGAGCAUCUGGAGGAGGCUUUCGUCAAGUGCAGUCAAGGGAAGCACUACUUCGGCGGCGACCGCAUCGGCUUCCUCGACCUCGUUCUCGGCUCACACCUUGGCUGGUUCAAGGCAGUGGAGAAGAUCUCUGGUACCAAGCUCCUCAAAGAAGCCAAGUACCCUGAAAUCACAGCAUGGGCAGACCGCUUCUGCGCUCACCACGCUGUGAAAGACGUCAUGCCUGAAACCGACAGGCUCGUAGAGUUCAGCACCAAUUCUGCCUUGAAGGCUAAACCUAGUAGCAAUUAAGUUAAGUGUGUUUAUGGUUUACCACUGUAGUGUAUUGCGGAAUAAUAAUCACGAUGUGUCUU